GGCAAAUCCACCUUAGUAUGCCCAGUUUUUCAUCCAGCUCUAUGCUGAACUUCAAUGCGGAUAACGGAUACCUUGAGGGAUUGGCUCGUGGAAUAAAAAGUGGCCUACUGAAACAAUCGGAUUAUAACGUUCUGGUUCAGUGUGAGACAUUGGAUGAUUUGAAGCUGCACCUACAAGAUACCGAUUAUGGCGAUUUCCUUGCCAAUGAACCUAGCCCACUCGCCGUUAGUACCAUUGAGGAGAAAAUACGGGAUAAAUUUGUUCUGGAAUUUCGACACCUGCGCACUCAAGCCGUAGAACCGUUAUCGACAUUCUUGGACUACAUCACUUAUGGAUACAUGAUCGAUAACAUUGUCCUCCUGAUCACUGGAACCUUACACGGCCGGCCAAUAUCAGAACUAAUAUCUAAGUGUCACCCUUUGGGAACUUUUUUAGAGAUGGAAACUUUGAACAUUGCAUCAAAUCCAGCGGAGUUAUACAGCGCUGUUUUGGUCGACACACCUCUCGCUCCAUAUUUCAUCAAUUGCAUAUCUGAGCGGGAUCUAGAUGAGUUGAACAUCGAAAUAAUUCGGAACACGCUGUACAAAGCUUAUCUAGAAGACUUCUAUGCCUUCUGCAAAUCCUUGGGCGGAAAGACAGCUGAAGUUAUGUGUGAAAUUUUGGCAUUCGAAGCUGAUCGACGUGCCUUUAUAAUUACCAUAAACUCAUUUGGCACAGAGUUAUCGAAUGAAGAUCGCUCAAAGCUUUACCCGGAGUGUGGCAAGCUCUAUCCCGAAGGUCUGGCAGCAUUGUCCAAGGCUAAUGACUAUGAACAAGUAAAAGCUGUUGCCGCUUAUUAUGCUG